GUCUCCGCGUUCCGCCAUCUUUGUCGGCUGCCCCAUUGUUCGCUCCGUGGCUCGUAUUCUCCCCCGCCCCCAGUCUCGGCGGUAUUAUCGUCUUCGUACUGCGCCACAAAAACACUAGCGGACACGGUGUCACUGGCAGCUGCUCGCGACGGUCGUGGACUUGUCCUCCGCCCGGCGUUUGCAACUCGGUCUUGGCCAACACGUUUGAAACAGGAUGGACGAUGAGCAGCCCAAAACCCUGUACGUGGGAAACCUGUCACGAGAUGUGACGGAAGCCCUUAUCCUGGAGUUAUUUGGCCAGAUCGGACCCUGCAAGAGUUGUAAAAUGAUCGUAGAUACGGCGGGUCACGAUCCCUACUGCUUUGUGGAAUUCUAUGAGCAUAGACACGCCAUGGCCACCAUUGCGGCCAUGAACGGUCGGAAAAUUCUGGGUAAGGAAGUCAAGGUCAACUGGGCCACCACGCCGACCAGCCAAAAGAAGGACACGAGCAGUCACUUCCACGUCUUUGUCGGAGAUCUGAGUCCAGAGAUCACCACAGAUGACAUCAAGGCUGCUUUCGGUCCCUUUGGGAAAAUAUCGGAUUGUCGGGUGGUUAAGGACAUGGCCACCGGCAAGUCCAAAGGCUACGGCUUUGUGUCCUUCUUCAACAAAUGGGAUGCGGAGAACGCCAUCCAGCAGAUGGGAGGACAGUGGCUGGGAGGAAGGCAGAUCAGGACCAACUGGGCCACACGGAAGCCCACACCCAAAACCACCAAUGAGACGAGCAGCACGAAGCAGCUGUCCUUCGACGAGGUGGUCAACCAGUCCAGUCUCAGUAACUGCACCGUCUACUGCGGCGGAGUCACGGCAGGUCUCACUGAGCAAAUCAUGAGACAGACCUUCUCGCCUUUUGGACAAAUCAUGGAAAUCCGCGUUUUCCCGGACAAGGGCUACUCGUUUGUGAGGUUCAACUCGCACGAGGCGGCCGCCCACGCCAUCGUCUCCGUCAACGGCACGUCGGUGGAGGGCUUUGUGGUCAAGUGCUACUGGGGCAAGGAGACCACGGACAUGGUCAACCCCAUCCAACAGGUCCAGUUGCCUCAGAGCACAGUGAGCUUUGCGGCGCAGCCCUACAACCAGUGGGGGCAGUGGUACGGCAACACGCAGCAGAUCGGCCAGUACGUGCCCAACGGCUGGCAGGUACCCAGCUACGGCGUCUACGGGCAGAGCUGGGAUCAGCAGUGCUACAACCCUCUCCCUUCCGCCGCCGGGUGGACCGGCGUCGGCGCCGUCAGCAACGGCGGCAUGGUGGAACCCGGCCAGGGCGUCAACGGCACCAUGCUCGCCAACCAGGCUGGCUUUCACACCCACUGAUCUCGCCCGCUGGACGCCACUCCUUACACUCUGGUUAGGGACAUCGCUUCGGCAAUAUUUUCUCUUUCUCUCCCCCAAGCCCCCCCCCCUUUUUUUUUUAAUUGACUUGGUUUGGUUUGGAGAAAAAAAGCGCGCACCCCACGUCUUUUCCGCCAUCACCGGCUAUCAUGUACAUGACGAGCUGAGCACAGCUACCAUUUAGAUCGGCAAAAGGCGAUGUCGGUUCAGGUAUUUGCCGUCGCCAGGUUUUGUUUGCAGAGCCAAAGAGAUUUUUUUUUUCUCCUCCCCACCCUCUCCCUUUCCCCGAUCCGAUCCGUGUUGUCUCGUCCCUCCCCCGUUAGUCCUGGCCAGUUCUCAGGGUGCUGAAGUCAUUCUGUGAAAUGUAGGAAAUCACUGAGGAAGAAGCAAAGAAUACGGACUGAGUAACCUGAACGAUUUUGUGUGCAUGAACUGAUACUUUGACACACAAGUCGGGCUCUUAUUACGCCCUUUCCGCUUCCCCCUCCCGCAUCCUACACCCCUCUCGAUCCGACAGAAGGACUACACCGUUUUUAAUUUAGUCAUUAUUCACCUUUCUCGGCUUGAUUAAAGAGCUUUUUGCCUUUCUUUUGUUGUUAAUUUGGGGUGACUUGACUGCGCAGUCACACGGCGAUUUUGUUUCGGAAGCAUCGAGCGGCUGCCUACUUUAUUUUUGAUCUUUUAAAUUGGAUUUUCAACUUCUCGCAGGGAAAACAACUGCCACGCUCGUCUUUACUUACCAGGCAGACAAAUAUUGCACAACUACUUAAAAAAGAAAAAUCACUCAAUUUGAAGUGUUUUUGUUUUGCAUUCCACCUUGUUUUGUAACAUCAUUUUGGAAGUCUUAUUGUAAAUAACUGAGCGCUCUGUUCAAUUGUAUCUGUAUAAAGACAUGAUGAUCAUUCGG